AGUAACGUUCAGUUGCAGCUGAGCUACAAGCCACUACUGGUAGAAACAUUGGAGCAUUGUGAGCUUAAUGAUGAUGAGGAUGUUAAUGUUUAUCUAGACUCCGUUAAUUAUGAGAAGCGAAGAUGUAUGUUGUUUGUGAAUGUCAUCCCUUCUGACCCUCAGCCUGAGCAAGUUCCCAUAGUGUCCAUAGUGCCCACAGUGCCCACAAUGCCCACAGUGGACCAAAGUUCUGUCGGUAUGAACUUUGAAUACCAACAUGCGAAGGAUGGUGAAAUUGGACCUAACGCCAUUGUUGUCUACGUAGGCAAAGAAAAGGCUGUAGAGGGUGAUUCUAAUAAAGAGGGUGAAGCUGAAUUACGUGAUGAAGGUGAUGAAUAUACUGAGCCACGCCCUGUUGUAGAACCGUGUAAGUAUAUUGAACCAUGGGAUGACGGUUUGGAUCUGACUAAACUUCAAGAAUUUCCAAACAAGAAGGCAUUGCAAGAUGUGGUGGAUAGAGCUUCAUUCGCUAACUGUUUUAGUUUUGAAAUAGUAAAGUCGGACAAGGUGCGUUAUGUGGUCAAAUGUCCUAAAGAAGGAUGUAACUGGGGUUUACGAGGUGGUAGGAUUCGAGAUACAUAUAUUUUCGCGAUUAGAAGGCACAUCAAGAUGCAUACAUGCUCUCGGGCUAGUUAAAGUUCAAGCAACAGUAAGAGACAAGGCACUCCACAAUUAGUUGCUUCUCUUUUACAUGGUGAUUAUCCAGGGCAAAUGGAAACUCCACCUCCGAAAAUUAUCAUGGAUCUUGUCAAGACAAAAUUAGGUGUUAAUAUAUCAUAUUCCACGGCGUUGAGAGGGAAAAAUCAAGUUGUUACUGAUUUGAAAGGUAGCCCAGAAGAAAGCUACAAGAUGCUGCGAUGUUAUCUGCACAUGUUAGAGAAGGUUAAUCAUGGUACAAGAUCAUAUGUGCAUUGCAAUGAGAAUAAUAAAUUCAUGUACUUGUUCAUAGCUUUGGGAGCUAGCAUUGAAGGAUUUAAAGUCAUGAGAAAAGUUAUAACUAUAGAUGCAACUUUUCUAAAGAACGGAUAUAAGGGUGUUCUUGUUUUUGCGUUGGUUCAAGAUCCUAACUGUCACCAUUAUCCCUUGGCGUUUGGUGUUCUUGAUGGUGAGAAUGAUGCAAGUUGGAAUUGGUUUUUGGAGAUGUUGAAAACCGUUGUUGGGGAUUCUUCUGAAAUAGUAUUUAUGACUGACAGAAAUACAAGUCUCAUUACAGCCAUAGCUAAUGUGUAUCCUCUAGCUCAUCAUGGUUUUUGUAUAUGGCAUUUAUCCCAAAAUGUGAAAGGUUAUGCUCGUAACGUCAACAAAGACGUUGUUGCAUGGAGAUUCAUGGAGUGUAGUAGGUUUUACACAGUGGCUGAGUUCAACAUUGCUUACGCUUCUUUUACGACAAGAUAUCCUUCUGCUGCCAAGUAUCUUGAAGAAUCUACCCAGAAAGAAAGAUGGGCAAGAUGUGUUUUUCCAGGAGAUAGAUACAACCUAGACACAAGCAACUGUGUUGACUCGUUGAACAGCGUAUUUAAAUAUGCAAGGAGGUACUUCUUGAUACCCAUGCUUGAUGCAAUACUUAAAAAAAUUCUCUGAAUGUUUUAAUGAACAUCGGAAAGAUGUUGUGUCUGGAUCAGUCGCAAAUAAAUUGGUGCCUUUAGUGGAGAACUACUUACAUGAUUUAUGGGCAACUGCUGAGAAACUAAAGGCGAUAGAGCUAAAUGGUUUCGAACUUGAAUACAAUGUCAUUGACAGUGACGAAAAGCCUUAUUUGGUGAAGUUGCGAUUGAGAAGUUGCAGUUGCAGGUUUUUCGAUAUACAAAAGUAUCCUUGUGUGCAUGCAUUGGAGUCUUUCAUUACAUUCCAAAAAUAUGGAGGUAAGGAUAUCGAGUUACAUGAGUUGUGUUCUAAGUAUUAUUGGACGGAGUUGUGGGAAAUUGCAUAUUGCAAGACAAUUUAUUUAGUACCUGAUAAGUCUUAAUGGGAUGUCCUAGAUGAAGUCCAAGAUAUGCAGAUCAUGCCUCCGAAUCGGAA